GUGACGCUAGAUUUUAUAGCGUCAUCAAAGUCUUUGAAUUUCCAGACGCCGUGUGUUUAGCGUCAUCAAUCGGCGGCAGUUUUGACCUUCCAUUCUGUUUUUUCUUGUCUCCGUUGCCGUAUUUUUUUUGACGCAGCCGGCGGAAGCAGAGAUAAUACAUAUCUCUUUUGGGCCGAGUAAUUGUCGGUAACAGCCAAUAGGAUGCGUGCUUUAAAAGCUGUUUUGUAAAAGAGUAAAACCCUAAGAGAAUGGCAAGUUAUUGUUGAAAUGGCGGAAGAGAACCCCACCACCGCUAGAAGAGUCCGUAGCCGCCGCUCCCACGGUGGUGAUCGCCGGCUUAAAGUGAAAGGAGAUAUAAUCAGCGGUCUACCGGAUGUUAUCCUUCAACAUAUCCUCACCUUUGUUCCAACCAAAUACGCCAUCAGAACUUCUCUCUUGUCAAAACAAUGGAGACAUGUAUGGUGUGACACACCUUCCCUCUCCUUCAACAGCUCUACACUUAACGACGCUUGGAUUAACCAAACCCGAACUGGGUACACCGUUCCCAAGAUGAUGCACUUUCACCUCAAAAGCGAUGAGACUCACGAUGUUCCCCACAUCGACAAGUGGCUAGAGUUCGUCAUGUCCAGGCACGUUGAGAAUAUGUCCCUGUUUUUCUGUUUUUACGCGUAUCGUUUUCCUGACUUCUUCUACGUCAACUCCUCUCUUAAGCAACUCACCUUAAAGUACUGUAUUAUGUCUCCCAAAUUCUCCGUGUCUUGGACAUCUCUCAAGAACCUGUCCUUGGUUAGAUGUAGUGUCUCUGAUGAAUCUAUGGCUAAGAUUCUAUCUGGCUGUCCCGUUCUCGAGAGCUUAACAUUGCAUCAUUGCUUCGAAAUAAGUUAUCUUGAUCUUACCAGAUCACCGCGUCUGAGAACAUUAGUAGUAGAGCGGAGAAGUUCGGCUACGGGGCCAAGAGGCAGUUCGGCUACGGGGCCAAAAGUCAUUGACGCAUCACAUAUCCAUUAUCUCUAUUUGAGAUACUCCAUCCAGUUCCCAUGUUCUUUAGUUGAUGUCUCGUCUUUAACCGAAGCUAAUGUCAACUUUGGCACGAAUGAACUAUCCAGCAAUGCUGAUGAUCUUCAACCCACGGUUAUGAAUAUGCUAGAAAAGCUACAGCAUGUUAAAAAACUUACUUUUGGAGGAAACUUUCUUGAGGUUUUAUCUUUUGCCGAGCUUGGUGGUAUUCCUUUUCCAAUCUUAAAGGUCAAAGCAUUGACACUUAAGACAAGGAUCUUCCAUGAUGUUAUUCAUGGUAUAAAAAGUGUGUUACAAAACUCACAUGAUUUAAAGAAGCUAACAGUACACAUAAUCCAUUGCAAAACCGAACCGGCAAAACAGCUUGACCCUUACUUGGCAUUGCAAGGCUUCAAUACGGCUCAGUUGUCCCGGAGAUUAAAAGAUGCGGUUCAUUGUGAUAUGAAGGCAAAGCACUUGACUUCAUUCGUCGUACUUGUGCUUAAAAACACAAAGACAUUAGAGAAAAUGUCCCUAGUCUUGGACAAGCAAUACCAUAAGUUCAAAAAGAUGAUUCAAAAACUUUUUCGUUACAACAAAGUCUCCAUUGCCUAGGCAAAUUAGACUCAUGGUGAAUCAUAGGGUUUAGUUCAAGAUGAACUUUUAUUUAUGUUUUGGAUCAAUGAUGAUUAUCUACUCAUGGCU